GCGGGGGUGGGGAGAGAGAGGGCUGUGUGCGCAGGCGCACUGGCUGGGCCUGAGGCCUGAGCGGGAAAGUUAAGACUCCGCCACCAAUGGCUUCCUCUGUCCUGUGCAUUUUCGUGCGGUCCUUAACGAAAGCGCAGACGCGCUCUGUGGGGCGGUGGAACCCCCGUCUGGAAAACCAGUUUCUGAAGAUAGAGCUCACCUCGCUGGUGCCCGAUGCUGGGAAGAAGGAUGCUGUGCACCUGCCUGCCGUGGUAGAGGAGGACUUGCAGGAGCAGUUUGUCCGAGGAAGUGGGCCUGGAGGACAAGCAACCAACAAAACCAGUAACUGUGUAGUGUUAAAGCACAUUCCAUCCGGAAUUGUAGUGAAGUGCCAUCAAACCCGAUCUGUGGAACAAAAUCGGAAAAUAGCCAGAGGCAUUCUGCAGGAAAAACUGGACGUGCAUUACAGGGGGGAAAGUGGUGAGAUCCUGAAACAGAAGCGAGCGGGAGAGUGGAGAAAGCACGAGAAGAGAAGAAAAGCCAGAGAGGGAUUAGAGAGAAAAAAACUAUUUAAAGAAGAACUUUUAAGAGAAUCUUCAGGAAAACAAGAUCGUGACUAGUCAUAAUCUGUUCCCCUCACAAAAUACAGUCAAUUCACUUUAUAGUAUAUUCUAUGAAGGGCUUUGAGACUCGGAAGAUGUGAUAAGGGGCUAAUUCAAAUGCAAGAAUUAUUAUUAAUUGUUGAAUGACUUGCUUUUGGUAGUGUGUAGAAAGGUCAAGUGAUAACAAUUCCCCACAAUAUUGUAAAUGGGUACAAACACAUUUCAAGCUAACCAGGCAUUCCAUAUUCUUCACGUUAUUUA